AUGUUCUCUCGCCUCGCCGUCUUCUCCACGCUCUCCCUCGCCCUUCUUGCGGCCGCCACACCCGCCAAUGUCGCCCGCUGGAGCAGCGAGUCGUCCACAAAUGCGUGCUGCACCAGCACCGAGCCUGCCAACUCUGCGGCUGGCGAAGCACUCCUCAGCUCCAUCGGCGUCACCCUAAGCGACCUUAACGUCUUGCUCGGGCUCACCUGCAGCCCCAUCAGCCUCGUCGGUGUUGGCUCCGGCUCCGAAUGCAGCGGCAGCACUGUCUCCUGCUCUGACGGCGUUGUCAACGGUGUCGGCAUUGGAUGCGUCCCUAUCACUAUCUAA